AAAUUGUACGACUGGAAGGCUUUAAAGCAGUAAAAAUAGAAAGGUACAGAUUAAACAGCAUGAGGCAAUCAUUCAAUACAUGCGUCAACGUUUUGGUUUCUUCGUAAAUAAUAUAUAAAAGAGUGUGAUAAGGAUGAUGAUAGUACCCGAGUGCAGGGUGAGCUAGUGGAAAAGAAUUUCACUUUUAGUUUGCUUUGCAUCGGUUUGAAGUGCGGUUCUUGAAUAUUCGAUACAGCAGGACUUGUAGUAGCAAAAGCAUUGCCAAGAUGUUGAAGGGAUCCGGUUGGCAGGAAUUGAUUUUCUGCACGUGGUUACUGUUGGCUGUUAUCUGUGACGCGCAGCUUUCUCCGGCAGAUGGACAUGCUGGAUGGAGUGCUGAGCGACGCUUAACGCGCCGAGAAGUACAGAUACCGACGAGUACAAAAAGUCCCGGGGCGACGAGAUUUGUUCCGUUGACCCCACGGGCACACGUAGUGACAACAACAUCUACAGUAAAACCGAUUCCAGCUACCAUUCCCACAAUAGUAGAGGUCACAGAAUCAACUACAUAUAUCACAACCGUAUCCAGGGCUGAAACGACGACUGAUUCAACUAGUACUACCUUGUCAACUUCGGAGAUUGCUACAACGGAACAGGUGCCAGAGAUUAUUUCGACAACAGUAGAGGUCACAGAAUCACUUACGGAUAUAACAACCGUAUCUGAAGCAGACAUAACGACUCAUCCAACAAGUACUACCAUUUCUACAGCAGAGAUUGCGACAACGGAACAGAUCACAGAAUCAACUACCGAUGGAACAACCGUAUUCGAAGCAGAAAUAACGACUGAUCCUAUAACUAGUACUACCUUGCCAACACCGGUGAUUUCUACAACCGCUAAGCCUCCAGCCAUUAAAGCUAGCACAACUAAGCGUACAACAUUCACGUCCCCCAGGAUGCGUUCGACAACGCAACCGAUUCCAACGACCAUUGCAACAAGAGCAGAAGUCACAGAAUCGACAGACAGCAUCAGGCAGGAAUCAGAGUGGGAAACAACGACUGCACCUAGUAGUGCAUUCUCAACACCAAAUGCAAAUGCAAAUUUCGUUUUCUUUUGCUCCGCAGCCGCCAUAUUCAUAUUCAUAAUAGUUCUAGUCUUUAUCAUCUAUCAAAUGUGUCGCAUCCGAAGUGCAAUUCGUCGGAAAACAUCACGGCCACCAGUUGAGUUGAUCAAAGUUUUGCAUCUGGAGGAAAUAAAUAAAUGA